AUGCUGGCGAUGUAUAGUAAUAAUCAUAAUGAUGAAAAUGAACCCCCAAGGCAGGCUUUCUUUCCGCGUCGCUACCGCUUCUUGAUCCGCAUAAUCUUCCCUCUUAUUGCCGUCUACCUCUUAUAUCUAAUUGUCUACCGUCCUGAAAACUGGAUACCGAAUACAUCCACAGAAUUUCCUUCACCCCUUCCUCAUGGCUCGGACGUAAACUGGCUCAACCGACAGCAACAAGUCCGCAAAGCAUUCCAACACGCAUGGUCCGCAUACGAACGUGACGCAUGGGGCUGCGAUGAAUAUCACCCCAUCUCGCAACGUGGAUCCAAUCUGACCACACAAGGAAUAGGAUUCACAAUCGUUGAUUCAUUAGAUACGUUAUUUCUCAUGAAUCUGACGGACGAAUUUCGUCGAGCUAGAGAUUGGGUUGCGAACGAAUUGGACUUUGACAUUGAUGGGGAAGUAAACUUGUUCGAGACUACCAUUCGUGUGCUUGGUGGUUUAUUGUCUACGUAUAAUCUUUCUGGAGACAUGGAGUUCUUGUCGAAAGCAGUCGAUUUGGCCGAUCGUCUUCUUGGUGCUUUCUUGUCACCUACGGCAAUACCCUAUGCGUCUGUGAAUCUGCGCCGUAAAAGUGGCAUCCAGGCCCAUUUUGCUUCCGGAGCUAGCUCUACGUCAGAGGUUACGACGUUGCAAUUGGAAUUUAAAUAUUUGAGUUAUCUGACUGGUGAUGAGAAGUACUGGAAGAAGGUUGAAGAAACGAUUUUUAAGAUUGAUUCCUUGGAGCGAGUUGAUGGACUGGUACCUAUCUAUAUAAGGCAUGUUUCGGUGAGCGAGAGUUUGGAUAAUCCAAAUGAUGGUUUAUUCUGGGGCAGUAGGAUCACACUCGGCGCCCGUGGAGACAGUUACUAUGAAUACCUACUUAAACAAUAUAUUCAAACAUCCCGUACGGAACCAAUGUAUCGACGCAUGUACGAUCAAGCCAUGCAAGGCGUGAAAACCCGUCUCGUUAAUUAUUCUCUACCAUCCAAACUCUUGUUUGUUGGUGAACUACUCCACCCAACCAGUACUUCUAUAAUACCGAAAAUGGACCACCUCGUUUGCUUUCUCGGUGGCAGUCUUGCAUUGGGCGCAACGGAAGGCCGUACAAUUAGGUCUAAAGAAGACUACAGCGCGUUGUCAAAAAAUUCAAGAGAGGAUUUACGGAUCGGGACAGAAUUGACAAAGUCGUGUGCACAAAUGUAUUUUACUACUGCUACAGGGCUGGCCCCGGAGAUCGUUUAUUUUAACACGGACAAGACGUCCAUGGAUGAUUUGAAUAUAAAACCUAUGGAUAGUCAUAGUUUGCUUAGGCCGGAGACCGUCGAGAGCUUAUUCAUUUUGUGGAGGAUUACCAGGAACGUAAAGUACAGGCACUGGGGCUGGAAGAUAUUUGAGGCUUUUGAAAAAUACGCUAAACACGAGAAAGGAGGAUACACAUCACUUGAUGAUGUUACUACUAUACCGCCCGGCAGACGAGACAAAAUGGAAACAUUUUGGCUGGCCGAGACGCUUAAAUAUCUAUACCUUCUAUUUGAUGAUACGGACGUGCUACCAUUGGAUAAAUACGUAUUUAACACGGAAGCACAUCCUCUACCUAUAUUCAUGCCAUCUGAAGAAGUCCGAGGAGCUGGAUGGAGUAGAAGUUAA